AUGCCCGCCUACACACAGGGCAUUUACAAACACAUAGGACUCAUGCCCGCCUACACACAGGGCAUUUACAAACACAUAGGACUCAUGCCCGCCUAUACACAGGGCAUUUACAAACACAUAGGGCUCAUGCCCGUCUACACACAGGGCAUUUACAAACACAUAGGACUCAUGCCCGCCUAUACACAGGGCAUUUACAAACACAUAGGACUCAUGCCCGCCUACACACAGGGCAUUUACAAACACAUAGGACUCAUGCCCGCCUACACACAGGGCAUUUACAAACAGAUAGGACUCAUGCCCGCCUACACACAGGGCAUUUACAAACACAUAGGACUCAUGCCCGCCUACACACAGGGCAUUUACAAACAGAUAGGACUCAUGCCCGCCUACACACAGGGAAUUAACAAACACAUAGGGCUCAUGCCCGCCUACACACAGGGCAUUUACAAACACAUAGGGCUCAUGCCCGCCUACACACAGGGAAUUAACAAACACAUAGGGCUCAUGCCCGCCUACACACAGGGCAUUUACAAACACAUAGGGCUCAUGCCCGCCUACACACAGGGCAUUUACAAACACAUAGGGCUAUUCCGUGUGCACGUAUCUGCCAUAGGCCUUAUGCCCGUGUGUACGCAUCUGCCUACACACGGGCAUUUACAAACACACAGGCCUUUUGCCCAUGUGUAG